AUGGAGCGAAACGGGAGCAACGACAGCUCUGGGCUGGAGAAGCGGGAGCCUCAUAUGACUCACGUCGACAACACAGCUGAACCGGUCGACUCCAACUAUGACUUCACCCCUGGGGAGCAGAAGCGCAUCAUCCACCGCGUCGAUAGGCGCCUCGUCGUCACCGUGGGCGCAUUGUACUGCAUCAGUCUGGUGGACCGCACGAACAUGAGUGCUGCUAAUAUCGCCGGCAUGAGCGUGGAUCUGAACCUGGUUGGCUUCCGAUACAACAUUGCCAACCUCGUCUUCUUCGUCCCCUACAUCCUCUUUCAGCCGCCGUCUACCAUCCUCGUCCGUGCCCUCGGGCCGCGAGUCCAUCUUGCAGCCGUCACCAUCUUCUGGGGCGCCGUCAUGAUUGGCAUGGGCUUCAUAAAGGACUACGGGCAGCUGGCUGGUAUGAGGGUCCUACUUGGUACCCUCGAGGCGGGCUUCUUCCCUAGCUGCGUCUACCUCCUCAGCACGUGGUACACACGAUACGAGGUGGGAAAACGCUACUCGGUAUUCUACCUCAUCGGCUGCGUAGCCUCGGCCUUUUCCGGAAUCCUAGCCUACGGACUCUCCCAACUACAUGGUCGCGGCGGCCUCCAGGGCUGGCGCUGGAUCUUCACCCUCGAGGGAGUCUUCACCGUCGUCCUCGGUCUCGCAAGCUACUGGCUUCUCGUUGACUUCCCAGACUCGAAGCGCAAGAACUGGAGCUUUCUCAGUGAGCGCGAGCGCAGGUGGGUAGUGGACCGCAUCUCGCGCGAUCGCGGCGACGCCCACCAGGAGCCCUUCAAGAUCAAGAAGUUCCUGGCCGCCGGGCUGGACCCCAAGAUCUGGGCCUAUGCCAUGAUCUUCCUCUGUACAACGACUAUAUCGUACGCGCUGGCGUACACGCUCCCCCUCAUCCUGGUGGGGAACCUGGGCUUCACCGUCGCCCAGGCUCAGUGCCUCGUCGCCCCGCCCUACGUCCUCGCCGCUAUGCUCAUGUAUACCACAUCCUUUUUUGGCGACAAGUACCAUAUUCGUGGACUGCCCAUCAUCAUAAACAUGGUCGUCUGCCUCAUCGGUCUACCCAUCAUGGGAUGGCACCCAGACCCCGCCGUCCGGUACUUUGGCGUCUUCUUCGUCACCGCCGGAGCCAACUCGAAUGUGCCUGCGGCCAUGAGCUUCCAGGCCAACAACGUCCGUGGCCAGUGGAAGAGGGCGUUCUGCAGCGCUACUCUCGUCGGUGCCGGCGGUGUCGGUGGCAUCGUUGGCAGCCUUGUCUUCCGUGAGCAGGACGAGGCCACGGGGUAUAAGCCCGGCAUGUACGCCUGUAUUGCCUGCUGCCUCAUGGUCAUUCUCAUGGUGAUUAUCUGCGAGAUUGCGUUUUGGCGCGCCAACAAGAAGGCUGAUACUGAGGGCAAGAUUAUCGAGCCCCAUGCUUUGCAGAGCGACGCUUCUCCUGAUUUCCGUUAUACGUACUAG